AUGCCAAAACAAGUCACAAUACUACCAGUGCUAAGAGAUGAUCGUGUUUCCAUGUUCCAUGAAUCUGUUUGUGUUCCAGAAUCGUGCUUCUGUGCACUGCUGCUGCAGUCGCAGCCAUUGGCUGCUUUCUCUAUGCGUCGCUCCUCCCUGCCGCCGCCGACGAGGCGGCAGGGAGGGAGCUGCCCGCGGGGCUGUCGCAUUACCGAGCAGGAGGCCCGACGCCGCCCCCGCCCCCCCCGAGCCCGCGCGCGCGCCGCUCCCCGCCCCGGCGCUCCCCGCCGCCGCCGCUGCUGGUGCGCAGCGAGCCGCCCGUUCGCGCAGGCCCUGGAGGGUCGGACCGCGCCCGCGCCCUCUCGCCGCCCCGCGCCGCCCCGGCCCCCCUCCACACGGCCCAUUCCGCCGCCUCCGCGUCGGAGGACCCGCAGCGGCCAGCUAGACAGCCCCGAUAGCUUCACGCGACCGCCACCGCAGCUAGCCCAGGCCGCCCGUCCUGGCGCGGAGGAGGCCGACACAGGCGCGCCUGGCCACCACCCGCCGCUCGGCGCGCGCACGCGCCGCGCCACCCUCCUCCGCGUCGGACGUCGGAUAGCACCAGCAGCAAGAGAGAGGUUCUCCGCCGCCGCCUCCGCCGCUGCGCAGAUGCCCGUUCCCUGGCGCCAGAGGGACGCGCGUCCAAGCGCCGUCGCCCACCCGGCCGCGCCCCACGCCGCCCACGAGCCCCAUCUCUUCUGA